GUCCAAUCCGAACCGACUAACCUCAUCAUUGAGAAUGCUUUUGCCAUGCAGCGAUCAUUUUUGUGCUAGUGCUUUUCAGAACUUGUAGGUGCUUACACCAGGUGAAUCAAAUGGUGAUGUGUAGAUUGAACACCCGUUUGAUUAUCGAGAUGGUUUAGUACGAGGAAUGUCUUAAUAGCAACCUUCAAGACCAGAUGAAGCCUGAACAGUAGUACAACAGCGAUAUAGAAGCGAUACAAAAGACAGUGAGACUUGAACAGUGAUGGCCCGUCUACUUCUUUCCGAAAAAUGAAUACCAGCAUUGAUCUUGAAGAUGUUUGCCUGAAGAUAUCGUAAGUGAAGGCUAAGGUUACAAAAAGCACCCUUCGAGUUAUGCCAGGGUCGUACCUCCAAGGAUCGUUCCAUACAGGUGGCGUAGUCAGUCCAGCGAUCGACUUGGAAACUUUUUCUAGGCUGCUAGCGAAGCUUCAUGGAGGCACACAACAAGUGCGUGCUGAGCUUGAUUAAGGCACAAAUUGAAUGAGGUCCUCUGGAAGUGGAAGUACUACAACAUCAUAACUGACAAGAACUACAACUAACGGCAGUAUGUUUAGAAGGUUUGAAGAAAGUGCUGGUCCUCGAUAGAAUGAUAUUAAGAACGAAGAUGUACCUACCAGGUUCAAAGAAAAUCCUUGUCGACUCCUGUAUUUGGUCGACCAAGUCAUCAGGAAAUACCUAGACGAGAUGAUGAAAAGUCUUAUUCCUCUACAGGGCUCUAAUUUCAGCGAGCAAGUUGGCAUCUAGACAAAGCAGAAGCGGCUGGUACCAUGAUUCGGGCUGUAGCAAGCAAGCACCGCGGAUUUUUGCCACCUUUUUUAUGACACCAGGGUUACCAUAGUGAAUUAAGUUCAAGCUGAGUAAGUACUAAAUAAUAGAUGGACGAGAUUCCACAACCUUUUAGUAUGCUUAUAUAUAGUAUCACGGGCGAUUACGAUCUACUAAGUAAUAGGUAAGAUACUGGUGACGCAGAACAAUAGAUAUUUAUACGUCUUUGGCCUUCCUCGGUUCAUCAACAUUAUACGUUCUAAUCUCCACCGACAUGCGAGGACGACUUGGGGAUCGGCAACGCGGCUUCUCUCAUGGAUACUGGCCUAGUAAGGCAAACUACGACUCGCUAUUUCUGUGAGACAGAGACUGCACGACCCGGAGCAACCCUGAUGAUGAACGUCUCUUUUUAGAUGAUUGAGUAGGAUUAAGUUGACUUGAAUCUGAACCACGAAUGACACAGCACACACAUCAUGACCCGGAUGGACGCAUACUACAGCUACAGCGGAGAGGAAUCAUUGCAUUCUCAACAAAGCAAGAUUAACACCAGCCAAAACUUCAAUUUUUAUCCCCCGUUUUAUUAAUCUUGAUUUGAUCACAU